CGCAGUUCUCAGAUCGGCUGUUCCUGCACGUUACCACGCAGCAGCGUCUUACCAUUUCUCACUUGAAAUUUGUAUUUUUUUUUUUUCGUAUAUGCUAUUAAAGUGCAAUAAAUAACGCGUGUUUCUUUAUUUAUAGAAGCUGCUGCUGAAAUUCACGAGAUCAUACUUGGAGCGCGUUCGCGGUCCGACUGCAGCACCUGAUGCGGAUAGCUGAAAGCUUCAGCGGCACACAUGUCGUGGAGGGGAGUGAGAGAGGGAUCUAAAAAAGGAAAAGCGUCGUGACGUAGUUGCCGCCCCGAGACGCAAGAAUUUUAAAUUUGUUAUAAUCGAGAGAGGCGAUAUGUUUACGGAUAUUUUUAUUGUGCACUCAAAUAAUUGCUGAUGCACGAUGACCAUCAAUAUAGGUAUAAUGAAACUAUAUCUAUAGCUAUAGUGCAGAAAAUAUAUAUAUAAUAUUCUCUCCCGGCGCAAGUGCGCAGUCAUAACCUCAAAGACGAAUCAGUGGUUCCAUAAACGUAUGCAGUAAGACGGUCUUGCGAUUUAUUACUAAAAAUGGCAAGUUUAUCCGUACUUAAGCGAGCAUCUGCUUUGCUUCUUUCCAAGGCGAGACCGAUUCAGCUCGCAAGUAGGACUGCAGCCACACAACCGUCCAAAGGUCAACUUGUCGAAGUUUCGCAUAACGAAAAGAAUGGAAUCACAACCGUAUCUAUGUCAAGAGCUCCAGUUAACAGUUUGAAUUUAGAACUAAUUACAGAAUUAAGAAAAACACUUGAAACUGCAGUUGACAAUAACAGUAAGGGAAUCAUUCUUACAUCAACACUCCCUACUGUAUUUUCAGCUGGUUUAGACAUUAUGGAAAUGUACAAACCAGACAUAAAGAGAUGCACUGAAUUUUGGCAUUCCAUUCAAGACUUAUACUUGACUUUGUACGGCAUGGGUAUACCAACAGCUGCAGCUAUUAAUGGUGCUAGUCCAGCUGGUGGUUGCUUACUUUCACUUACAUGCGAAUAUAGAGUUAUGGUGCAGGGAGAACAUACCAUAGGUCUUAAUGAGACUAAGUUGGGAAUUGUUGCUCCUAAAUGGUUUCAAGAUCCUUUCAUCCAAGUGAUUGGGUACAGACAGGCUGAGCUUGCUCUUUUAAGAGGGACUCUCUUCAAACCACAAGAAGCCUUAAAUAUUGGAUUGGUGGAUGAACUAGCUUCUGACAAAAGUGAUGCCAUUAGCAAGUGUGAAAAAUAUAUCACUGGCUUUGCUAGAAUUUCUGGUGAAGCUCGAGAAGCAACAAAGUUGAGCAUGAGAAAGGAAACACUUGCUUGGUUGGAAGGAAACCGCGAGUGGGACAUGCAGCUUUUCUUGAAUUACGUGCAAAUGCCUCAGGUCCAGAAGGGUCUUGAUAUGUAUGUGCAGUCGUUGAAGAAGAAAGCAAAGUAGAUGGAACAAGAUGAACCAAACUGCUUUUCAUAUUUUUAUAUCAGUAAAAGAUUUAUAUAUGCUCUGAGUAUAGAUAGCCAGAGUUUUAAUACUCAGUAAUAUUCAAGAUUGCUCAGACGAAUUUUUAAAUAAUGCAAGCAUUUAUGGUAUUAGAUCGCUAGGAAAUGUAUAUUUUUUACGAUUUGUUAAAAUAUAAAAUUUGACAUCAAAACAGCAA